CGCGGUGGGGCGGGGGUGUGCGGCACCUCUCGCGAGAGCCGCUGGACGCCCCGCGGGCGGGGGCGCUCGGGCGCCGGGUCUCGCGAGAGCGGCGGCCAUGGCGCUGCUGCGGGCGCUGCUGCUGCUGCUCUCCAGCCCGCGGCUCGUGGAGCGGCUCUCGGAGUCGCGGCCCAUCCGCGCCGCCGCCCGGGUCACCGCCAGCGCCCUCACCCGCGGCCAGCGCGACCUGGCCCCGCGCCUGCUUCGCCUGCGCGACGCCUUCCUCGCCGAGCUCAAGGACGGCGCCCGCGCGCGGGGGUGGCCGUGGCCGCGCGGGCCGGGCCGCGGCCGCCGGCCCGGAUCAGCACCGUGAUCGCCGCUUCGAGCGGGAGGCAGCUGCGGACAGCGCCGCGGAGGAGACGGGAACCGCCGCCGCUUCCCUGCGCCGAGCGUACGGAGCGCGUUGGAACCGGCGGGUGAAGGGGCCCGGGAGCAGGUGACAGCGGAGCCCCGGCAGCCGCUCCGGAUCCCGGCCGUGCCCGGGCCGCGGACUGGACGGUGCGUUCCUCAUCGCGUGGCCUGGAGCGACUCCUCGGGAAAGCAUGAACACGGGAAGCUGCUCCUCAUCGGUUUCAUGGAUUUCCAUUUCAAAGACCGUAUACACGUCCCACGGUUCUCAGGAACAAGCAGACUCACUUUAUAAUCACCCACAAUGCUGUGAAGAUUGUCACUUUAAGCGCUUGAUAAGAAACUUGAAAUAAAAUCACAAUUCUCACAGGA